AUGGUGCAGGUACUGACCGGACAUGGCUGCUUCGGGAAAUACCUGCACCGCAUCGGUCGCGAGAGGACCACCGCGUGUCACCACUGCGAUGACCCGGUAGAUACGGCGGAGCACACGCUUGAGGUGUGCACCGCGUGGGCGCCGCAACGAGCCAGGCUCCAAGCGGCAAUCGGAUUGGACAUUACACUGCCGGCAAUGAUCAAGGCCAUGGUUGGCAGCAAACCAGGAUGGGACGCGGUCAAGGCUUUCUGCGAAGCUGUGAUUGCCACAAAGGAGGCGGCGGAACGGGAAAGGGAGGAGGAUCCCUCUGCCGAUCCCAUACGCCGCAAGAGGGUGGGCCAGAGGCGGCGGGCUUUUGCGCGCCGUCUCUGA